AUGAUAGUCACUACUACUACUACUACUAAUACUACUACUACUACUACUACUAAUACUACUACUACUACUACUACUACUACUACUACUACUACUACUACUACUACUACUACUACUACUACUACUACUACUACUGAAAUAGUAUCGCACUGUCAGCAAUUUCACCUCUCUCUAUCUGCAUUGAUUAUUAUUUAUUCAGAGCGGUUAAUAUUAAGACCGAUUUCAUUGGCUUAUUGGUAA